UACCAAAGAUUUUCUUAAAUCUUAAAUCUUAAAUUUCAAGGCCGUUCUUCAAACUUUUUUCUCCUCCAUUGUGUAGAUUUUCUGGUACUAUUGGGGGAUUCUGGGAUGACUUAAAAAGUGUUGGCUUUGCAUUAAUUCUUCACAAGUAUUGACUAUUUGAUUCAAUCAUCAAAGCUGGCUAGGCAUUGUAGAAAGCUAUGUACUUUUAGCCUUGAGCAUGUUUCAUCCACUACACACUUGUCCCUUGUUAACUUCCAAACAUGCAUAAACGAAAGACUAUCUUUUAGCUUUGGUGUUCCCUUCACAAACCAUCCUAACCCACAAGUUUCAUGUUUUCCUCGAAAUGGCUUCUCAGGAAUCACUGAAGCAAAUGUUGGGAAAGCCUUGCACGCGUUUUGCGUGAAGGGUGUUGUUCCACUUGGCACAUUCCAUGCUAACACCUUGAUUAACAUGUACUCUAAGUUUGGUGAGAUUAAUUGUGCACGAUAUGUUUUUGAUAAAUUGUCUCACAGGAACGAAGCUUCUUGGAAUAACAUUAUGUCGGGGUUUGUUAAAGCCGGUUGGUACCAUGAAGCAAUGGAAUUCUUCUGCCACAUGAUUGAAAGUGGUGUUAGGCCGAGCAGUUAUGCGGUUGCGAGUUUGGUGACUGCCUGUGACAGGUCAGGGUGUGUGACUGAAGGGGUGCUUCAGAUUCAUGGUUAUGUUGUUAAAUGCGGUUUGAUGUGUGAUGUGUUUGUUGGCACGUGUAUGUUGCACUUUUAUGGUACGCAUGGUGAGGUUUCUGAGGCUAACAAACUGUUUGAGGAGAUUGAUGAACCGAAUAUUGUGUCUUGGACUUCUUUGAUGGUUUGCUAUGCAUAUAAUGGGUGUAUAAAGGAGGUUCUGAAUGUUUAUCAGCAUUUGAGACGCGAGGGGGUGUGCUGUAAUCAAAAUGCAAUGGCUACAGUUAUUAGAUCUUGUGGAGUGAUUGGAGAUAAAACUUUGGGUUAUCAGGUGCUUGGUUAUGUGAUCAAAUCUGGAUUGGACACUAGUGUCUCUGUGGCGAAUUCCCUUGUUUCCAUGUUCGGUAAUUGUGAUAGCGUAGAGGAGGCAUCUUUUGUGUUCGAUAACAUGAAGGAACGUGACACUAUUUCAUGGAAUUCGAUCAUUACUGCAAGUGUACAUAAUGGUCAUUGUGAAGAAUCUCUAGAAUACUUUUAUCAGAUGCGUCAUACUCACAAAGAGACAGAUUAUAUUACUAUUUCAACCUUGUUACCAGUAUGUGGUUCGGCUCAAAAUUUGAGGUGGGGAAGAGGACUUCACGGUCUAGUAGUAAAAUCUGGACUGGAAUCAAAUGUUUGUGUGUGCAAUAGUCUUCUAAGUAUGUAUUCUCAGGCUGGAAAAUCUAAGGAUGCAGAGUUUGUGUUUCAUACAAUGCCAGAGAGAGAUUUAAUUUCAUGGAAUUCCAUGAUGGCAAGCCAUGUUGAGAAUGGAAGGUAUCCACGCGCCGUACGACUUUUGAUUGAGAUGCUCCAAACAAGAAGGACGAUGAACUAUGUUACUUUCACAACUGCAUUAUCUGCCUGUUAUAAUUUAGAAAAACUAAAGAUUGUUCAUGCCUUUGUGAAUCUUUUUGGUCUCCAUCACAAUUCGAUCAUAGGUAAUACAUUGGUUACCAUGUAUGGAAAAUUUGGUUUGAUGGGUACAGCGCAACGUGUGUGCAGAAGUAUGCCUAAGAGAGAUGAAGUAACUUGGAAUGCACUAAUAGGCGGACAUGCUGAUAACAGAGAGCCUAAUGCAGCAAUUGAAGCCUUUAAUUUAUUGAGAGAAGAGGGUUUGCCUGUAAACUACAUUACUAUUGUUAAUCUUCUCAGUGCUUGUUUGUCUCCCGAUGACCUUCCGGAACGCGGAAUGCCCAUCCAUGCUCACAUAGUUGUAGCAGGCUUCGAAUUAGAUACAUUUGUCCAAAGCUCCUUAAUUACAAUGUAUGCGCAGUGUGGUGAUCUUAAUUCAAGUAACUAUAUUUUUUAUGUACUAGCUAAUAAGAAUUCCAGUACUUGGAAUGCCAUUCUUUCAGCAAAUGCUCAUUGUGGGCCAGGUGAGGAGGCAGUAAAACUUAUACUAAAGAUGAGGAAUGAGGGGGUACAUUUAGAUCAGUUUAGCUUCUCUGUAGCUCUUUCCAUAAUCGGUAACUUAACUUUAUUGGAUGAAGGUCAGCAGCUUCAUAGCUUGAUUAUUAAACUUGGGCUCGAGUCAAAUGAUUAUGUUCUAAAUGCUACAAUGGACAUGUAUGGAAAAUGUGGGGAAAUUGAUGAUGUGUUUAAAAUCCUUCCCCGACCAAGACGCAGGUCACAGAGGUCUUGGAACAUUUUAAUAUCAGCAUUAGCCAGACAUGGGUUUUUCCAACAGGCUAGGGAAGUGUUUCAUAAGAUGCUUGAUCUGGGACUGAGACCUGACCAUGUCACUUUUGUUUCACUUCUGUCUGCAUGCAGCCAUGGGGGUUUGGUGGACGAGGGCCUUGCAUACUUCUCUUCAAUGUCUACUGAAUUUGGUGUUCCCACAGGAAUAGAGCAUUGUGUAUGCAUAAUUGAUCUUCUUGGCCGAGCAGGAAGGCUUGCUGAGGCUGAAGCUUUUAUUAAUAAGAUGCCAAUUCCACCAAAUGACCUUGUGUGGCGUAGCUUGUUGGCGGCUUGUAAAAUACAUGGCAAUUUGGAGCUUGGGAGGAAGGCCGCUGACCGUCUUUUUGAGCUUGACUCAUCUGAUGAUUCGGCUUAUGUUCUUUAUUCAAAUGUCUGUGCAUCUACCAGAAGGUGGGGAGAUGUAGAGAAUGUGAGAAAGCAAAUGGAAUCACACAAUAUAAAGAAGAAACCUGCCUGUAGUUGGAUCAAGUUGAAAAACAAGGUUACAACUUUUGGAAUGGGAGACCAUUAUCAUCCACAAAAAUCACAAAUCUAUGCAAAGUUAGAAGAGCUCAAGAAGAUGAUUAGAGAGGCAGGCUAUGUGCCUGACACAAGCUAUUCAUUGCAAGAUACAGAUGAAGAACAAAAGGAGCAUAAUCUUUGGAACCAUAGUGAGAGAAUUGCUCUUGCAUUUGGGUUGAUCAAUAGUCCAGAAGGCUCACCUCUUAGAAUUUUUAAGAAUCUCCGUGUGUGUGGUGAUUGUCACUCUGUUUUCAAGCUGGUUAGUCAAAUUAUUGGCAGGAAAAUCAUAUUAAGGGAUGCAUACCGGUUUCACCAUUUCAGCAGUGGCAAGUGUUCCUGUUCAGAUUACUGGUAGUGGAUUGGUUUUGUUGGAUAAAGUAGUUGAAAAAUGUUACUGGGCAAGUUAACACUUUUAAUUUUGAUUCAUAAGGUU